AUGUGUCUGCUGUGCGAGCUGUUGCUGUGGGAUUGUGUGGCUUUGGGUGCCCUUGGGACUCCUGGCGGGCACCUUAGUGGUCAGCGGCUGGAGGACAUCCCUUUCCCCUUCGACUUGGAGAAGCUGUACUUGUUCGAGCUGUACAAGCGCGACGUGCGGCUCUUCAGCGACCUCCCGCGAUUGAUCCUACUGGCCAUGGUUUUCGCAAGGCAGACCGGGAGUCGGAUCGAAAGCCUCGCCGGGCUGCUUGCUACAGGGCUGGCGGCAUCGGUCUCGCUGCUGCGCCAUCGACGAGCACUCUUCGCUGAAGCAUUCAAGCACUUCGAUCAUGUGACGAUGGAAGAGCUUGUCGACUGA